UUUGUCAGAAUUUCCCUCUUUCUCUUUCUAUUUCGAGUGAGCUACACAAAAUUCGAAGAAAGAAGAAAGAAGAAGAAGAAGAGAUCAUUACAUCCAAUUGAAUUUGUUUUAAUUAAUUAUAUUUUGUUUAAUUCCAUGGUUUCUUUAUUUUGUUUUAGUAGUUUGAUACAAUUACCUAAUAUUGUUUCAUGGUACUUAUUAUUAGUAUUAUCACUUGCAUCCUUGCAGGUUGUUUUGGGAUCUCGCCACCUCCACCACCACCACCACCACCAAUAUGAUGGAAAUGGGGGCGUUACCUUGGCGCCAAGCCAGUCUCCUUCUCCGUCUCCGUCUGCGUCUCCGUCUCCGUCUCCAUCCUCAUCCCCAUCCCCAUUACUGACACCGGUCAACUAUACGAGAGGCCAUCACCAUACAUGGGAAUGGCCUAGUGGCUAUCGACAUAUCACUGUCGACAUUGGUGGUGAUGGAGAUUAUGUUUCCGUUCAAGCGGCAGUGGAUUCCGUCCCGGAUAAUAAUAUGGUUAAUGCCAUCAUUCAUAUUCGUCCUGGAUUAUACAUAGAAAAAGUGCAGGUACCAGCAACAAAGCCGUACAUAACAUUUGAAGGCGCAGGAAGAGAAGUGACGGUGAUAGAGUGGCACGAUAGAGCAUGUGAUCCCGGCCCCGACGGAGAACAACUUCGUACCUACCGGACCGCCUCCGUUACCGUCUUGGCUAAUCAUUUCACCGCCAGAAACAUCACCUUCAAGAAUACAGCGCCGGGUCCCCUCCCCGGAAUGGAAGGAUGGCAGGCCGUAGCAUUCAGGAUAUCCGGCGACAAGGCUUCUUUCUUUGGCUGCGGAUUUUACGGUCAUCAGGACACCUUAUGCGACGAUGCUGGUCGUCAUUACUUCAAGGAUUGUUAUAUUCAAGGCUCCAUUGAUUUCAUCUUUGGCAAUGCUCGUUCUAUGUAUAAAGACUGUGAGAUACACUCAACGGCAACGAGGUUCGGGUCGAUAGCAGCGCAAUUCAGAACAUCACGAGAUGAGAAAACAGGGUUUGCAUUCGUGAAUUGUAGGGUGACAGGGAGUGGACCAAUCUAUGUGGGGAGAGCAAUGAGCAACUACUCUCGAAUUGUCUAUUCUUAUACUUAUUUUGAUGACAUCGUUGCUCAUGGUGGAUGGGAUAACUGGGACCAUCAAACCGGUCAAAACAAGACCGCGUUCUUUGGAGUGUACAAGUGUUGGGGUCCAGGAGCUGCAGCAGUAAAAGGUACAUCAUGGGCUACGGAAUUGGACUUUGAUACAGCCCAUCCCUUUCUUGCUAAGAGCUUUGUUAAUGGCAGACACUGGAUUCUACAUUCUCAUGCCUAAUACUGUAAUACACACAUUAGAUCAUUAAUUACAACAAUACCACAAAUAUCAUUUUUUCAAUAUAUACUUGUAUUUAGAGAUAAGAUAUUCUUUUAUUGAAUUUCCAUUGUUGUAAGUAAAAUAUCAUAUACUUUCAUAUCAGGACAGGGUGUAUUUUAUUCACACAUAUUAUAAACAUAUAAUGUAAGUUAAAUUAUAUAUUGUCAAAUACUUGGUAUUAUUUGUUGUCUAAAAAAGUAAUCAUAUGUAUAAUAUCCUAUGUAUAAUAUCCUCUUCUAUAACAAUUCUCGUCAUUUAAAUUGCACAUAAAAAAGACUUCAUGAAUUGCACAUAAAAUCAUAUGUAUAAUAUCCUCUUCUAUAACAAUUCUCGUCAUUUAAAUUUUUUUCUCAUAGCUUGUAUAACCUCGAUCACUUUAAGGAGGUUGAUCAUUUCUCUUAAACCAUUGUUGUACUACUUUUUAUACUAACGUCAUGAUCUUCUUGUAGUAUGGUUAUGUUGUGUAGCCGGUUAUUGUCUUGACCACAGGUAUUGUCGUGUCGCCUAGCUAUGUCGCAAUACUAGGAGACGACAAAUUAAUGACAACAGAACCACGAUAGGGCUAUGAGAGCAGUUAGGUUAGAUAAUGGGUUUGGCUCAAACAGCUGCGUCGUCCUAAGGAUUGAACCAGACAAUUAUCCACUUCCAAGCAGUUGAAGGGAGCGAGUCACACAAGGAAGAAGUGGAGAGGAAGAUUGCGCAACCGCCUCCUACAUUCUAGGGAUUAUCCUUGAUCAUGUAGCCAUUACCAAGUUUCUAUAAAAGCUGCCCAAGGAUGCGACCAGAAGACACAAACAUUCAUGUCAUCUUAUUCUCUAUAGUUAUCAAGCAAUAUUAUUCAGUUCUCUGUACUCUUUAAUUUACGCAAAUAUUUACCUUAUUUUCUUAGUUUGUACUUUGGUAUUCUAGUGAAUUGGUGGACUCAUUUUCA